AUUUCUUGUUGGGGUUAUGCGCCAUAUUGGCAGUCUCCUCCAUCUCGCCAAGCGUCGAGCAUGCAUGCCUCUAACCGGUUAUUGAGGAGAAAUCUGUAAAUAUUUACAGUCACCUGCGAGCGACACCAUGGAGGCCGUCAAAGCCUUCAACAAUGAGCUGUACUCAUUAAAUGAGUACAAGCCACCCAUCUCCAAGGCCAAGAUGACCCAGAUCACAAAGUCUGGAAUCAAAGCUAUAAAAUUCUACAAGCAUGUGGUCCAGAGUGUGGAGAAGUUCAUUCUAAAGUGCAAACCGGAGUACAAGGUCCCCGGGCUGUAUGUCGUCGACUCCAUCGUCAGGCAGUCGCGUCACCAGUUUGGCACGGAGAAGGACGUUUUCGCCCCGCGCUUCAGCAAGAAUAUCAUUGCAACGUUCCAGCAGCUCUACCGCUGCCCUUCAGAUGACAAGAGUAAGAUCGUGCGAGUCCUGAACCUGUGGCAAAAGAAUGCGGUCUUCAAGAGUGACAUCAUCCAGCCCCUGCUGGACAUGGCGGCAGGGAUCGCCCCGCCCAGCAUCACGCCCGUCACGUCCUGCAGCUCCGCUCCAGUCAAUAACGCCACACCUGGCACCCCGGCUACCCCGGCUACUCCGGCCAACAUAGUCCAGGGUCUGCCAGACUGGGCUUCCCAGAUCACCAACACAGACACCGUGGCUGCUGUCGCUCAGAUCCUACAGAGUCCCCAAGGACAGCAGCUGCAGCAGCUGGUGCAGAGUCUCCAGAUGCAGCAGCAGAAGCCCCAGCCGUCGCUGCUGCAGGCCUUGGACGCCGGCCUGGUGGUUCAGCUGCAGGCGCUGACGGCUCAGCUCACCGCGGCCGCCACUGCAAACAGCCUGAACCCCCUGGAGCAGAGGGUGUCCUCGUUCAAUAAGAAGCUGCUGGGUCCAUUCGAUUUUGGGAAUGAUUCAGAACGCGGGGAAGAUUCCAAAAAAGACUCUUCUUCGUCUCAGUUGCCGAUGGUGUCAGAGCCCAUCAACAGCUCCCUCUUCCACCAGCUGGCCGAGCAGCUACAGCAGCAGAACCUGGAACAGUUUCAGAAGCAGCUUUUGGAGCACCAGCAGAAGGCGAUGAGUGGAGAUGGGCAGGACUCAAUCUUUGGGCACGAAAACUCUGUUGCUUCUGCUCAGAGCAGCAGCAGCCAGCAGCAGCUUCCUGAGCCAGACAACAAGCUGGAUGACACCAUCGAUAACCAACAGCAGGACAUGGAUCUGGACGAGGGCCCCGACGGUAUGGAGGAGGAGAUCUUUGAGUCGGAUGAGAAGAAGAACGCAAGCACGCGUUCCCGAACGCGCUCACGGUCGCGCUCUAGGUCUCCCAAGAGGAGAAGAUCCAGGUCCCGCUCUGGCUCGCGCAAGCGCAAACACCGCAAGCGCUCGCGCUCGCGCUCCAGAGAGCGCAAGAGGAAGUCCUCGCGGUCCUACUCGAGCGAAAGGCGCGCUCGGGAACGAGAGAAGGAGCGGCAGAAGAAGGGGCUUCCUCCCAUCCGAUCCAAAACUCUCAGUGUGUGCAGCACGACCCUGUGGGUUGGCCAGGUGGACAAAAAGGCCACUCAGCAAGACCUGACCAAUUUGUUUGAGGAGUUUGGCCAGAUCGAGUCCAUCAAUAUGAUCCCUCCUCGAGGCUGUGCCUACAUCUGCAUGGUCCACAGACAGGAUGCGUACCGCGCACGCCAGAAGCUCAGCACGGGCUCCUUCAAGAUUGGAUCCAAAAUCAUCAAGAUUGCAUGGGCUCUGAACAAAGGGGUGAAGCAGGAGUACAAGCAGUUUUGGGAUGUAGACCUGGGCGUCACCUACAUACCGUGGGAGAAGCUGAAGCUGGAUGACCUGGAGGACUUUGCCGAGGGAGGGAUCAUCGACCAGGAGACCGUUAACGACGAGUGGGAAGCAAACAAGAAUGCUGAGCCAGCCAAGGAAGUAUCAAGUCAGCCUUUAAGCGCGGAGCCCACAGCAGCAUCCAACGCGCAGACCGAGACCUACAACCAGCCGGCCGCCAUGAUGCCCGUGCAGCUCCCAGUGGCCCAGUCCGUUCCCAAUGCCGUCGGCUUGGUGCCGCCCACCUUCCCCGUCACCAUGGGCAUCCCGCCGCCGGGCUACGGGCCGCCGCCCCCCUUCAUACGGGCUGGCUUCAACGCCUCGCAGCCUCCGCCAGGUUUUCUGCAGGCGGCCGCCAUGGUCUCAGCAGCUACUUCGUUAGUGCAGCCUUCGUUGGCGGCCAGCCAAGACGCUGUCAACGAAUCGCCAUUCAGUGGUAUGAUUCCUCCGUCCGGCGGCUUCAUGGCCGGAGUGUUCAACCCAGUGGGAGUCCACGGUCAGCAGGCCACCAAUGAGAAGGCGUUGCAGUCUGCGGACGCCAUGGAUGCCGCUGCGGAGCUGACCCUGCAAGGCAUGCAGAAUGCGGUGCGCAGCGGGAUGGGCCUCCUCGGGAUGCACCCCACCGCUUCGCUCACCCACCAGCUGCAUCAGUCGGGUCUGACCGGACCGAGAAUGUCCGGCCUGCUGCCUCUCGACGUGCGACCCGGCCUCCUCCAACCGGGGGCCGCCGGCCGCUUCCCGCUGCUCAUGCAGCCGGGCCCCGUCCACCAGGCCGCUGGCCUGCUCGAGAGUUCCCUCCAGGCUCAAGCCCGCGCCAGGGCCCCCUUCUCCCAGCUGGACCCCUUCAACCGGGCCCCCAACCAUAACAACGAGAAUAUAUCCAAGCCAGAAGAUGAGUCCUCCUCAGGAGCUGAUGAGGGCAAAGACCAGGACUACCGCUUCCCUCCAAUGGAAAAGCACGGCACGGGCCUGCUGAGGACCCCUCCACCAGAGCAAAGGGAGCCUCUUGGAGGUGGCGGCGGCGGCGGAGCAGCAGGAGGAGGAGGAGCAGGAGGUGGAGGAGCAGGAGGUGGAGGCGGAGGAGGAGGAGGCAGGCCGCCCUUGCUCCAGACGCCCGGGACGCAGCCAGCCAGAACCAGCCUAGUGGGCCGUCUGCAGGCACUUGCCGGCUUCACUCCUGAGAGCCGCUGGAACCAGACCAGAGGGGACUUUGAUGAGCGGGACGGCAUGCGGGGGGGCCUACAGGCCCCCGGGGGCUCAAAGGGCUUCCAGGAAGAGAGGCCCACGCCCGGGCAGAACUUCCCCAGCCGCUUUGAAAGCCGCCCUGGGACCGCGGCAGCAGGGGCAGCGGCAGCUGGUGUUUCGGGCAGCGGCGGGGCUGCUGGGGGGCCGCAGGCCUGGAACCGUAGCGGCGGUGCCGUCGCAGCUUUCGACAGCGAACUUCACCAAGACCUUGAUGAGCGAAGACGCCCGUGGGACAGGCAAAGGGACAGAGACGAGAGAGAUUUUGACUUCAGGAGGGACAUGAACGGCAACAGCAACCGGCACAGCAGAGAGCGGGAGAGAGAGCGCGAAAGAGACCGGGACCGGGACCGGGAGCGAGGCAGAGACCGCACCAGAGAGCACGAACGCGACAGAGACCGCGACAAAGAGAGGGAGCGCGAGAGGGAGCGGGAGCGCGGGGGCUGGACACCGCUCCUCCCUCUGCCCACACCUCUGCUUCCCACCCCGCCCCUUAAUCCCAACCUGACCCUGAACCAAGGCAAGCUGCUCGCGCCGCUCAAAUUGAACCCCCAGAUUCAGCCCCGAUUCCAGUCCCCGCUGCUGGCCCAAGCUCAGGCCAAGGCACCGCUCUCCGGUCUGAGUCAGCCGCCACCGCCCCCCCAAGCGCAGGCCGAGUCUCCGCCUCCAUCGCAGGGCCAGGAAGCUCCGUCCGAGACGUGCGGGGCGCAGUCCCCCCCCGCGGCGGCCCAGUCGCCGGACGAGUCGUCCGGCAAAGCUCGAAGCCCGUCGACUCGAGCCGAGUCGUCGCCGCCGCAGCCCGAGACCCCUCCCCAAAUCGACUCCCCGUCCCAGCCCGAGACUCUGUCCCCCGCCCGGUCCAGAGCCAGCGCUUCUCCGGACACUGAGACCCCGAGCCAGGCCUCGCCGCCGCUUGAGGCCUCGUCCCAGGACUCACCACCCGUGGCCUUCGCGCAUGCUGCCAGCCCCCUCGAAGAGACUCCCUCUCUGGGGGAGGGGGACGAGGACGAGGACAAGGACGAGGAGGAGGAGGAGGAGGAGUCGUCGCAGGAGAAAGCCUCCUCGCCCCAACCCCGGUGGGUCAACGGAGGCGGGAUGGACAAUAGCACUGCGGCUGAAUCUACGCCCGAGAGCUCCGCCGAGAGCUCCCCCCGCCGCUCUCCCGAGCCCCCCGGUGGAGCCUCCCCCGGUGAAGCCUCCCCCGGUUCCGCGCUCCCCGAGAGUGAGCCGGAGCCGCUCGCCUCCCCCGAGGACGUAGACAAUGCACAGAGCGAGCCCGAGGAGGACGCUGCGAGUCAGCCAGUGGUAGACACUGUCACAGACACUGAGGGGACAUAAUCAUCACUCAGUAGGUAAAAGAUCAUUUUGUAAAGUUGUCUCUUCUUCUCUGUGCUCGUGUCAGCAAACCACCACACGGGACACGCCGAAUACUGACUCACAUCAGUUACUGUCUUAUAAAAAAUGAUUUUAUCUCUCACAAAUACCAGUGUAAUUAAAUAGAAAGCUUGUUAGCUGAUUUAUUGAUAGACUAUUUUCUUUGUGUUUGUAUUUACAUUUUCAUUUACAAGUUGUAAUGCCAACCCCACUCGUUUUUAAUUGAUCCAAACUUGGCAAAUUUUAUCCAAUAGCCGACCAAAAUGUUUUGAAUGGUUCAUGGGGGAAAAAUGCGCUUUGACCUUCCUAUGGAAGAGAGAAAAACAUCCCGGCUGUCGGACGAAGGAUUGAACACAGUCGCACACAAUACUUGGGCAGUUUCUGGUCCAAUUCCUGUCUCCUCUUCUUUUAAAAUGCUGCUGCAAAGUUUUCAGUGAAAUGCUUUUGUGGUGUCCUGCUUUUCUGUUUCUACGCAGAAAAAAAAAAAACCGAAACCGAAUGGCGUGCAUACAGUGAGACGAGUACAGCUGCUUAUAAUUGGAAAAGAUGAACAUUUACAAAAAUGAAAACGUGACCAUGUUGUAUUCCCCCAAAAAUAAAUGUCUGUAAUUUGUUUUCCAAUUACACAGUGAACACAAACACCAAAAUACAAGCCAGGGGGCGGAGAAAAAGAACUGAGGGAAAUCUCUUGUUGGGUGCAUUUUGUUUUAGUUUUAAAUAAACAUGCUUUGUCUGUUUUAAAACCACAUGCUUUAGGACUGUUUUCUGACCCGAGGACGAGUGGAAUCUGAGGCUGCUUCACAGGCUCAUGCUCGGUCGGUUGGGUUUUGUUUUUUAGUUUUAGUUUCUGACUACUUGAGCCUGUAUAUCCCCCCCCCCCCUCCCCCUCCAAGCUUUUUCGCUGGGUGACUGUUGAGGACGGGAUUGUGCCUUUCUUUCUUUUUUUUUCUCGUUUUGAACACGGUGCUAACCGCACACAAUCGACUGACCUUCCGGUCGCCUUGUACGCCGCUCGUUUUUUUUUCUCGUGCAUGCAGGGCCUGCAGCCAUGUUUUAACCUCUCUUGUCUCUCUAUUGUCAUUUCUCACUUUGCUGUCGAGACACACUACUAAACAAAAACCCCAUAGUGUGCUGCUGUUCUCUUGGAACACAAUGUCUACUACAGGAGUUGUGAUGUUGAAUAAAAGUUCAAAAGGUG